UUUGAUCGCGCGAUACCACCGCCAGCGCCACUAGCAGCAGGGGCAGCUGAGAUAGAUAAAACAAUGGGGAAGACCAAAGGCCCGGACCCUCCAUGCUUUCAGAAGUACGGCGUCCCUUUCUUCGGAGCUGCUUUUGUUCCUUACAAGGACGUCAGGUCCAAGCUCUCCAAUCUUCAAGAGGAUCACCGUGAUUCUUCCACCGAUGAGAAUUUCGAUGAUAAAUCAGCCGCUCUGACGGAUACUACCGAUGACGGAAACUACGUCGUUUUGGCAGGUGGAGGCGGCGAAGGUCACAGCGGGAUCCCUAACUCCAUCCUCCUUGCCAGUUUCGACUUCGAUUCCAAUUCUCUCUCUGCACAGCCGGUAGCGAAGCUUGGACUUGGUUCUGAUUGUCCUUAUAGAAUGGUUGUUCACCCAGGAGGAGAUGGUAUCAUUUGCGCAUUGCCAAAAAGUUGCAGAUUUUUUGAGUGGGAUGAGGUCAAGAGUGCUGAAGACCACAAACUUGGGUUGAAAGCGUCAGAUAAAGUGCUCAACCCGCUAGAAGACAUUGUGCAGCAGUUAGCAUUGGCGUUUAAUGCUGAGGGUUCUAUACUUGCUGUCGGUGGAGAGGAUGGAAAUUUAAGGGUUUUUAACUGGCCUGGUAUGGAAGUUCUUCUCCACGAGGCUCAAGCUCAUUCUUCUGUGAAGGACUUGUCUUUCAGCCCUGAUGGAAAAUUUCUCAUCUCCUUGGGACGUGGUGGCCCCGGUAGAGUUUGGGAUGUAUCAUCAUCAAUGGUAGUGGCUUCUCUACCAAAGGAAAAUGAUGAAGUCUUUGCCUUUUGCAGAUUUUCACAGCGCAAUGAUGGGCAUCAUGUUCUAUACACUGCUGUAGUAAAAGGACAACGUGGAUUUAUUGUGUCUUGGAACACAACAUCAUGGAAGAGAAUGAGCUCAAAGCAAGUCGUUCGUGAUCCCAUAUCCUCCUUCAAUGUUUCGUCUGAUGGCAAGCUCCUUUCAGUUGGAACAAUUGAAGGAGACGUCUUGGUACUAAAUUCAAGGAACAUGCAAGUUCAAAAGCUAAUUCGAAAAGCGCAUCUUGGGAUGGUUACGACAUUAGCAUUUACUAAUGAUUCAAGGGCUUUGGUGUCUGCAUCUAUGGACUCAAGUGCAAGGGUAACAGUGAUAGAGGAAAAGAAAAGAGGAGGUCUAAGCGUGUGGGGCAUCAUGCUUAUCAUUUUAUUUGCAAUUGCUGUGUAUUUCCUGAAGCAAGAAGGAAUCCUUCCUCAGCUGAUAGAGAAGAGUGGCUUCAUUAUCCGAAUGUGAAAACCAUGCCCUUUUGUUUUCUACAUGAAUAAUGACAAAGAACAAAUGAGAAGUUGACAAUACUCGGAAGGUAAGGAUACUUUUUUGAUGAAAGAACGGUUAUGUUGUUUUAGGGCUGACUGCGCUUAGCUUAUUUUAAGGCAGCUCAAUUUAUCCGUGACGAAGGAACACUUUAUAUGGAGCGUGGCCUGCCUUGUAAUUGUACAUUCAAAUAAACUUUAUAUCUAUUAGAUAUUACAUUGUCGA